AUGAGUACGGCAUUGCCAAGUAUUCAAUUAGGUGUCGAUUAUGGGAGUGUUGCAGAUGAGAUAGAAGACUUUUUAGUUCAUUAUAAGGAGGUUGAGGUAGAUGGUAAUGGAAUGGUGGUGGAAGAUGAUUAUAUGGGGGAAGAUGGGGUUGGGACAGGGCCUAAAUACUUGAGUUUGCUGCAAGAUAUUGCGAACCGAGAUUUGAGCACACUUUACAUUGAAAUUGAUGAUGUGGAGGCUUACCAGCAGCAGAAGAUGGUUGGUGGCAGCGAGCAGGGUUUGAGACGGAGUCUGUCUCAGCUUAUUAUGGAGAAUGCGCAUAGAUAUACAGAGUUAUUUUCUAGGGUGAUUGAUAAGUUGUUGCCGCCGCCAACGCGGGAGUUUGAUUACAAGGAUGAUGUGCUUGAUGUUAUUUUACAUCAGCGGCAGCUGAGGAAUGAGAGACAGCUUAACGAACGGAGGGUUGAGCUGGAGCGGAUGGGGGACGAUAGUUUAGGCGUGAAUUUAAACGAGUUGGCGCGUCAAAGUGGCGAGGAUCAGGAAGAUUUGUUUCCUGCGAUGCUGACUCGACGGUAUACUGUGUACUUCAAGCCUUCGACUGCUAAGAAAUUGAGGGCCAAUUAUGGGCCGUUUAGCGUCAGGGAAACCAAGGGAUCGCAUUUGGGGAAGUUGAUAACGGUUCGUGGUAUUAUAACCAGGGUUUCGGAUGUUAAGCCAGCUGUGGAGGUUAGUGCAUAUAGUUGUGAUCAGUGUGGUGCGGAAGUGUUCCAGGAAGUUAAUAAACGUACGUUCACUCCAUUUUUGGAAUGCCAGUCGAAACAAUGCCAACAGAACCAGACCAAGGGUCAGUUAUUUAUGUCGACAAGGGCAUCGAAAUUCAGCGCGUUUCAAGAAUGUAAGAUUCAGGAGAUGUCACAUCAGGUACCUAUUGGCCAUAUCCCGAGAACUUUAACGAUUCAUGUUACGGGUCCCUUAGUAAGGUCCAUGGUUCCUGGUGAUGUCGUCGACGUCACUGGUAUAUACCUACCGUCUCCUUACACUGGGUUCAAGGCUUUGAAGGCGGGACUUUUGACUGAAACGUAUCUCAGGACGCAGUAUGUCCAUCAACAUAAGAAGAAAUUUUCCUCAUUUGAAAUCACCCCUGAGAUUGAGCAACGUGUAAUGGAGAUUGUAUCACAAGGUGAUGUAUACAACAGAUUAGCGAAAUCUAUUGCCCCAGAAAUAUACGGCAAUUUAGAUGUUAAGAAGGCUUUACUAUUGCUGCUGGUUGGUGGUGUUGAAAAACAAGUGGGCGAUGGUAUGAAGAUCAGAGGGGAUAUUAAUAUCUGUCUGAUGGGCGACCCUGGCGUUGCUAAGUCCCAACUGUUGAAAACAAUUUGUAAAAUAUCCCCGAGGGGUGUUUAUACAACGGGUAAAGGUUCUUCUGGUGUUGGUCUGACGGCAGCCGUGAUGAAAGAUCCUGUUACAGACGAAAUGGUGCUGGAAGGAGGUGCAUUAGUACUGUCUGACAAUGGUAUAUGCUGUAUCGAUGAAUUUGACAAGAUGGAUGAAAGCGAUAGAACAGCUAUUCAUGAAGUUAUGGAACAGCAAACGAUUUCGAUCUCCAAAGCAGGGAUAAACACAACUUUGAAUGCAAGGGCUUCCAUCUUGGCAGCUGCCAACCCGCUAUACGGUAGGUAUAAUCCGCGGUUAUCGCCGUUAGAAAAUAUUAAUCUACCUGCUGCCCUAUUGUCCAGAUUUGAUGUUAUGUUUCUGCUACUAGAUAUACCAAAUAGAGAAUCAGAUCAGAGAUUGGCUGAACAUGUUUCCUUCGUCCAUAUGCACAACAAACAACCGGACCUGGACUUUGAACCUAUCGACCCCGCUAGAAUGAGGGAAUUUAUCGCUUAUGCCAAGACAAAGAGACCUACUAUGACUCAAGAAGUGAAUGAGCGCGUUGUUCAGUCCUACAUUCGAAUGAGGCAAGAUUCAAAAAACGUGACUGAUACCAGACACCAGUUUGGCCAGGCAACUCCCAGAACUUUAUUGGCAACUAUUAGAAUCUCACAAGCCCUCGCAAAAUUACGAUUCAGCGAUCAAGUAGAAAUUGAUGAUGUCGAAGAGGCUUUAAGACUGGUCCAGGUUUCAAAGGAAUCUCUGUACCACGAUAACCAGACAAAACUUGAUGACGAAACGCCUACAACCAAGAUUUUUACCAUCAUCAAAAAACUUGCAACGGAAGGUGAAAGCUUUAACAAAUCUUUAUCUAUGGAUACAAUUAGUAAGACCGUAAGAUCCAGGGGUUUCACUCAACAACAGCUAGACACCUGUAUUGAAGAAUACACUUACUUAAAUAUUUGGUACAAAUUAGAAGAAGAAAACAUCCUGACGUUUGUUGAUGGAAGUGAAGACGACGUACCUGUAUCCCAACAAACUCGAGACUCUAUCAUGACAGAGGCUUAG